ACUUAAUACAUAAUAUAAUUAAAUUAUAAAAAAAAAAAAGAGGAAAAGAACUAAUUUUUUAAUGUUAUUAAAAAAUUUCUUUUUUAUCUAAACAAUUAAAAUACUAAAAAACUCCCCCCCACAUGAAAAAUAAGGAUCAUUAUAAACGUUCAAAAAAAAAUUGAAUUGUAUUUUUUUACAAGAAAUAACCAACGAGAGCAGCGAGGGCAACAACGCUAGAUAAACCACUUUCAAUUUUGUAGGCAGCGCCUGUUGCUGCUGGAGAUGAGCUACCACUAGGGCCGGCAGCUGAAGCGCUCACAGUUGGUGAUGAAGAAGGUGAUGAUGAUGGACCUCCUGCUGGUGGUGCUCCUCCUGCUGGUGGAGUUGCUCCUGCUGGUGGGGUUGCUCCUGCUGGUGGUGCUCCUCCAGCUGCUGGUGGGGUUGCUCCUGCUGGUGGUGCUCCUCCAGCUGCUGGUGGAGUUGCUCCUGGUGUGGCUCCACCUGCUGGUGGAGUUGCAUCACCUCCUGGUGCUGGAGCUCCAGUAUCUGGUGUAGGUGCUUGACGAACAGCUAAUCGUUCAGGAGAUGAUACGCUGAAGGAAACAAGGAGAACGAGGACAAGAACGCAAACGAACGUUAAUUUUGUGAAUUUUGCCAUUUUUUUUUUUUAUAAAAUUAUUAAAAAUUGGUUGUUCUUAAAGAGAAAUUGAUCUUAAAUGAAAAGUUGAAAUUCUUUUUAAUGAUAUAAUUAAAUAUUAUUAUUUUUUUUUUCGUGAAUCACAACCUU